CAGUUACUGCACUGUUGCACACUUCAACGCUGUCGCGGAUGCGGAGGUUGGAACAACGGGCUACACUGAGAAUGCCUAGCGACCUGGACAACCAGAUAGCGCAGCUUAUCCGAUGCGAACCCAUAUCAGAAGAGCAAGUCAAGCAGCUAUGCCUCAAGGCCCGGGAAAUACUCAUAGAGGAGGGGAAUGUGCAAAUAGUCGAUUCGCCUGUCACGAUAUGCGGUGACAUACACGGCCAGUUUUGGGAUAUGAUGGAGCUUUUUAAAGUCGGUGGCUUCUGUCCAGAAACGAAUUAUCUCUUCAUGGGCGAUUUCGUUGACCGAGGUUAUUACUCCGUUGAAACGUUUCUUUUGCUCCUGGCAUAUAAAGUCCGUUAUCCGGACCGCAUUACGCUCAUCCGAGGAAACCAUGAAUCUCGCCAGAUCACACAAGUGUAUGGGUUCUAUGACGAGUGUCAACGGAAGUACGGCUCUGCGAAUGUAUGGAGAUAUUGUUGUGAGGUAUUCGACUACCUGGCUCUUGGCGCUAUAGUUGAUGGGAGUGUCUUUUGCAUUCAUGGUGGGUUAAGUCCCAAUUUACAAGGCAUAGAUCAAAUUCGGGCCAUUGACCGGAAACAAGAAGUGCCGCAUGAUGGGCUGAUGUGCGAUCUCCUGUGGUCCGAUCCGGACGACAUCCAGGGUUGGGGACUCUCGCCCCGUGGUGCUGGAUUUCUUUUUGGCGGAGACGUUACAAAAGCUUUUGCGCAUAACAACGCAAUAGAUCUUAUCGCACGAGCACAUCAACUUGCCAUGGAAGGCUACAAGCUCAUGUUCGAUAACAUUAUUGUCACGGUAUGGAGCGCACCGAAUUAUUGUUACAGAUGCGGGAACGUCGCAUCCAUACUCGAACUCGAUGAAUAUCUGGCACAAGAAUACAAAGUAUUCCAACACGCACCUUCGGAUGUACGUUCGAUACCUGCAAAAAGGCCACCAGCCGAAUAUUUUCUGUGAUUUUGUCGUCUUCUUUCCGUCCCAUCUCUUUCGCAAUGCUAUCUGUCAACUGUUGACCGCUGUCAUCUGUAGCCUUAAUAAAUCUAUCCAUUUCUUCGC